UAGAUUUCGCUGUACAGUUCAUUGGCGACCGAGGUUUCGCUGGUGUUGAAGCCUUCUAAUCCGUGGGGAUUGACUGCCUCUGUGGCAAGACAAGAGGUGAAAAAAGGAGACGAGGCUGCUGUGAACUACUUAAACGAACAGGAGCUGUUGAGUUUAUAAAUGAUCUAAAUUCGUGCGAAGAAUUCGUGAACUAAAUGCAAGAACUUUCCGAGAUGAGAACGUACUUAAAUGGAUAGGGGCAAACGGCGAGACCGCUACGAUUUAUUGACAAAGAUUUUCAGCGAAGAUAAACAUGGAUGACGGAAUAACCACAGCUUUGUGGAAUUAAGGCCGAGAGAGUGUUCUUUCUACCGCUGUGGACAAAGAUAACGGUAUUCUACGUGUGCUGGUGGUUACAAGUGCUCAAUUGCAAAGAUGCAUAGGCUGUGGAGGAGGGACGUGCCUCUGUCCGAUCGCCUAGGGGAGGCCUCUUCAGGUGGGGCCGGAGCCGCAGCAGGGGCCAUGGUCCUGGGCUCCCCACCCACGGUGGCCUCGGCGGGGCCCAACAUCUCCUGGCUGCCCGAGGCCCCCCUGGUCACCCCAGAGAAGCCCAUCUUCCUCAUGACGGUGGCGGCCCAGGCCGUGUCUGGGUUCUUCGUGUUGGCAGCGCUGCUCAUCACCUGUCACCAGAUCUACAUGCACCUGCGUUUCUACAGAGCCCCAAAUGAGCAGCGCCACAUUGUGCGUAUCCUCUUCAUCGUGCCAAUCUAUGCGUUUGAUUCGUGGCUCAGCCUGCUCUUCUUCACCAACGAGGAGUACUACGUCUACUUCGACACGGUGCGGGACUGUUACGAGGCCUUUGUGAUCUACAACUUCCUCAGCCUGUGCUAUGAGUACCUGGGAGGGGAGAGCGCCAUCAUGGCGGAGAUCCGGGGGAAGCCCAUCGAGUCCAGCUGUAUAUAUGGGACAUGCUGCCUGUGGGGAAAAGCCUACUCUAUAGGUUUCCUCAGGUUCUGCAAACAGGCCACGCUGCAGUUCUGCGUAGUGAAGCCUCUGAUGGCCAUGGUCACCGUCAUCUUGCAAGCUUUUGGGAAGUACCGUGACGGAGACUUCAACGUGGCGAGUGGCUACCUGUACGUGAGCAUCGUCUACAACAUCUCGGUGAGCCUGUCCCUGUACGCGCUGUUCCUCUUCUACUUCGCCACCAGGGACCUGCUGAGCCCCUACAGCCCCAUGCUCAAGUUCCUCAUGGUCAAGUCCGUCAUCUUCCUCUCCUUCUGGCAAGGCAUGCUGCUGGCCAUCCUGGAGAAGUGCGGUACCAUCCCCCAGAUCAGCUCGCCAGAGGUGUCCGUCGGCGAGGGAACGGUCGCCGCGGGCUACCAGAACUUCAUCAUCUGCAUCGAGAUGUUCUUUGCUGCCAUUGCCCUGCGUCACGCCUUCACCUACAAGGUCUACAUGGACAAGAGGCUGGACUCACAGGGGCCUGUUCCCACAUACGGACCGUCCGGCCGCUGCGCCCCCAUGAAGAGCAUCUCUAGCAGCCUGAAGGAGACCAUGAACCCCGGGGACAUGGUCCAGGACGCCAUCCACAACUUCUCCCCAGCCUACCAGCAGUACACACAACAGUCCACCCUGGAGCAGGGGGUACCUGCCCCACCCGUCUCCCGAAACCACGACCACGGCACCAACUUCGCCCGCGACCACGAGAAGACCCUGCUGCUGAGCUCUGACGACGAGUUCUAGAAUACUCUGAAAGUUAUGAUCUAGAAUCCUCUUGAGAAUUCUACAAAAGCUCUUCUUCCCUCAUUAUGGUGCAUUCUUUUGAAACUCGGUUGUCGGAAACCCAGAGCUCCGCCUCUGGAAAGUGCAAAAGAACGGAUACUCAACUCGGGGUUCCGCGACACAAACUCGGAGCACUUCGGUGUACUCCAAGUUCGUUUAACGUUAGUGUUUUCAGACAUUUGUAUGGUCCCCAGCUACUGCAAUAGAACGCAUUUACAACGGUUGUCGGGAGAACAACCUCAGGUCUACGGACAGCCGAGUUUCAAAAGAAUGAGCCAUUAGAAUCAUCCACCAUCAACAUGUUCCUCUAAGUGAGAACCGUGAACGACAACCUCCCACCUCAGAAAAGGGACUGACUAAGGGGAGGAGGUGUCCGUUCACAAUUUUCUUCACAUGGACAGCGAGGAACAAACUCCCUUUAAAAGCAAAACUAGGUCAAGUUGGCCAAACAGUCACGCUCCAGCUUUUAUUUGAAAGCUUUCUGUAAAUACUGUAAUUUUUUAGUUUUUCCCUCAAUGAUACUGAAUACAUCAGACAUCUGACCAGGAACUCAUCAUCUGUGGAUUCGAACUGAAAUCCUGAUGUGACUAGUGUGUUGUUCCAGCGGUACUAUAUUAGUAGGGAACACUGUUUUAGUCGCUUUAACAUUUUGACACAUAUUAUAUAUUGUGAUAUGUCGUACUGUAAGUGCUCUACUGACAUUGAAGUGAGUCAUUGAAGUCAUUUUGAUGGUACAGCAUUUCAGUUUGAGUGUCACUCAUAACACAUCUGAAACCAUUGCCAUUGUAUGAAGGCUUUGACCUUGUCCAUUGAUUGAAUAAUUUUAGUCACAGAUGUUUUGAAAAGAAAUUACAUUUGCAAUACAAUGAAGUUAUAUUUUACAGGGGACCUAGUGAAGGUGGGGUCUGUUGUAAAGGUGGCCACCUUCAAUAUAGGUCUUAAUAAAAUUUGAAGUGGCCCUCGAAUGAAAACGGCUCCCCACCCCUGAUUUAAGUAGUACCUACCCGCUGUACUCUGAGUAGUGCUGCUCUCACGUGACAACCCAGUGUCACCGCACAGCAAGAGUGACAGAAAGCUCUCUGACCUCACACAAGGGCGUCAUCUGUCUGGAAUUAAGUCAGCAUUAUUAUUGUUGCUUUUUGUGUUGUUAUUUAUAUUGUGCUGUGGUGGGUGUUUGGCACGCUAUGUGGUGGGGUGAUGGUUGGUGGGUCACGUCACGUGCCAGAGAUAUAAACAGCCACAGAGAGAGAAAGAGAGAGAGAGAGUAAGCUGCAUGUGCUUAUGUUAUCCACGUACGUAUGUACGCACAGGCAGGGAGUGGUUGAUGGUACAUGAUGGGAUUACAGAUUAAGAGAAAUCUGCUCCUUGCACAGGCCAUCGGAGUGCAGAGAGGAGAGAGGAGAGAUGCGAAUGGGCGCCCACCGGAUUAGGAGAGAGAGGGAGAGAGAGAGUAAUUGGGGCGUUAUGUGCAGCGCUGUUGGGAUUACAGGCUGUCACCAGACCAGAGGACCACUGCCACCAUUCAGUUUAGGCUGUAAUCUGGGUUAAACGGCAGAGGAGCAGUACACAAGCGCAUCUAGGUUAUGUUUCUCAUGCUGUAGAUGUGUUUGUGUCAGGUGCAAGCACGUGAGCUACUGCUGGAUUGCCGCUUUCAUACGUAGUGUUUAUUGUGAAAGAUAGUGGCGCUUGUUGAACCGUGCACUUUGGAAAAAAGGAAGAAAAAUAAGGAAAUUCCCUGCAAGUGUUUUUUUUUCUGUAAAGUCAGAUUUGCGUAACAAUUGUGGGGGCCUUAUGAUUUUUGAUUUGAUUUAUGAUUUUUGGGAUCAAUAAUCAAGUCAAGAUUUAGUUUUAGGGCAGAAGUGAAAACAACUCGUGUAUAACUGUUUGUCUCGAGCAUUCUUGAUGGACGUAUGGCCCUUUGCUUAACCCAUGAGCUGAGUGGUGUAGUCAGAGGUGUCCCUUCCUCUCACCACUGGGAGGUGCACAAGAGUUUGCUCAUGGAAAUUCACUGUGACAGUGAUUGGAAUACCUACUCUCUCUCCCUCUUUCUCUCUCUCUCCCUCUCUCUCUCUCUCUCUCUCUCUCUCACACACACACACACACACACACACACACACCUUAUCUAGAGAAAGCAGGCCAAGCAUUAUCAUUACCGCUCACACUAUAUUUGUGUGUGUUGAAGAUGAAAGUGACUGACAGGAAUUGUCUUGAGUGUAUGAGGUGCGUUGUUUCUGCCAUAUUAGGUAGGUUUUAUUCUUUUUUAUUCAAAUAUGUUGAUGUUUAUUAUUGAUGUAUGUAUUUAUGCGAAGUAUGGGUAAAUGGCAAAAGGUGCCAGGUUUCAUACAUUAUCCUUGCACUAUGUUGUCUGGAACUGUUAAUCAGCAGUACGCUUUUCUAUGUCAAAACAGAAACGUGGACUUUUAAAGAAACAUAAAUGGCUAUUUUUGGCAAACUUGUCAGAACAUGGAAAUAUAUUUUGAUGUGUAUUGAAUGUAUUAUAGAGAAUGUAGUUGUGAUAGUAGUUCUCAGCCGAAUAUAUUACCAUCAAAAUUAUAUUCAUAUGAAGAGUUUAGUGAUGGAUGAUGUUAAAAUAGCAGAGAGCAAAAGCCUAGUUUUGUACUCUUCCUUUGUUGUCUAUUGUUUUAUAUGGUUACAUUUUUU